UCCCAUUGAGCUUUGGGACUACCGUUGGAGAGCUCGGUGGUGUUGUGUAGAGCUACGACAGAGGGAAUCGCGAUUUCGUUUCUUUCGGUCUCGAUUAUCCUUUGCCGAGGAAAAGUUCGAGGAGUUCUGUAAUCUUUCAUCAAACUUCCAGAGGAAACGCCAAUAACCUAAUUCUUCAGGAUGGGAGCUGUCCUCGGGCUCUGCUCGGCCGCUCAGAUGGCGUGCUGUUGCGGAUCGGCGGCGUGUUCGCUGUGCUGCUCCGCGUGCCCGUCAUGCAGGAACUCGACCUCUACUCGCAUCAUGUACGCCUUGAUGUUGGUCGUGACGACCGUCGUUGCUGCCAUCAUGCUAUCCCCGUCGUUGGCUGAAACCUUACAAAAAAUUCCAAAUCUCUGCACCGCCUCAAAGAUCUGUCAGGAAGUAGUCGGCUAUCUCGCAGUUUACCGCAUCAUGUUCGCGCUGACCAUCUUCUUCAUCGUGAUGUGCGUCAUGAUGAUAGGUGUCAGAACGUCGAACGACGGGAGAGCGGGCAUACAGAACGGUUUCUGGGGACUGAAAUACGUGCUCCUGGUCGGUCUCAUGGUGGCGUCGUUCUUCAUGGGCGACGGACGUACAUUCGGUGAAGUGUGGAUGUACUUCGGCAUGGUCGGAGCGGCGCUCUUCAUCCUGAUCCAGCUCAUUCUCAUCAUCGACUUCGCCCACGGCUGGGCCGGAGCUUGGGUGUCCGAAUACGAGAACAACGGCUCGCGCGGCUGGUACUGUGCUCUGUUCUCAGCCACCAUCGGAAUGUAUGCCGUGGCGAUCACCACUGUUUCGCUGUGCUUCACCUACUACACAGUUUCCGACGGUUGUGGACUCCAGAAGUUCUUCUUAAGCUUCAACCUCAUUCUAUGCGCCAUCUUUUCCGUGAUCUCGGUGCUCCCCAUCGUCCAGGAACACAUGCCGACAUCCGGAUUGCUACAGUCGAGCGCGGUGAGCCUCUACAUCAUGUACCUCACGUGGUCGGCGCUCACGAAUUCCGGUGAUACCAAGUGCCUGCCGGAGUCCCUCGUUGGAGAGAACAAGAGCAAACUCGAUCUUCAGAGCAUCGUCUCUCUGAUCCUGUUCGCGGCUUGUGUUCUCUAUUCAUCGAUCAGAAACUCGUCGAAUACCCAAGUCGGGAAGCUCACCGGUGUCAAUGACUCUAACGAUGCCGAGGCGGGAGUUCAGAGCGGGGCUGUCCAUGAGGAAACUACCAAGGUCUGGGACAACGAAGAAAACGGGGUCGCGUACUCGUGGUCCUUCUUCCACUUCAUGUUCGCUUUGGCCACGCUCUACGUCAUGAUGACCCUGACCAACUGGUACCAACCCGGCGAUGCCACGAAAACUGGCAGUUUCGUUGAGAAUCGUGGAUCUAUGUGGGUCAAAAUCAUUUCCUCAUGGGUCUGCGCAGCUCUCUACUCCUGGACGCUGGUAGCACCAGCCGUGUUCCCCGAUCGAGAGUUCUAAUUCUCAUUGAUCGAUCUUAACAACGGCAUGGGAACUUAGGAUCGAUGACCAUCUCCUGCCGAGGCGGGAGAAGAGGAGGAAUGAUUCGAGAGCCAUCCUACUCAUGGCGCGAGAAUGUUGCGCCUAUUCCUACGCAAGGACGUCACGAGCUUUAUUCGAUCUGAAUAAUUUGUACAUUUUUCGAGACGCGCCGAUCGACUCGAAAUCACGCAUUCAUCGCACUUCCUUCAUCAUUGAAUUCGCGACACAGCGUCUUCGCUCAAGUCACAUGUGUGCGAAGCCCUCCUGUUUCCCCUGAUGCUCCGUUCUGGUUCGGCGUUCUCGCGCACGUUUGACGCGUGUGUACCCGCACCCGCAAGGAGGCUAGCGACAUAGCUGGGACAGUAUUUCUCUUGCUUAGUUCCCUGGAAUAUGUGUACACUUACUGACUGUGUGGCGGAAUUCGAGAAUGGAAAAUAAAUGAACUCGUUUGCUCUAGCAUCUUCUGCGCCAGAAAGUGCAGAUC